GCACACAAGCACUGCUAAAGUAUGGCUGACGGGAACGACGAUGCCAUCUUGCUAUGAGAGAGUGAUGGGCAUGACACUACAAGAUGCCUUACUUCGGGAUGUAGAGCUCAUCGACAAUCCACAUGAGGCGAAGACGUUCUGGCUGCCUGCCGACGCUUGUCCGGCAACCUCCUUGGAGAGGAUCGCGAAGGCUAUCUACGACUUUCACGUCGCCAAUAAACAACACACCCACGGCCACCAAGAUUCAGCCCUCACGGGUCCAGUUGGCUCCACGCCAUCUGCAGUAGCACACAGCGGAAACAUCCCAUCCCGAGAUAAGCCUGGCGUCGUCCGUCGUGACGCAAGCUCCCAUACCGGCGGUGUUGAGUCCGGGGCGGAGUGGUGGGUUCAGCAAAGAGAAGAAGGCCGUCAUGCAAGCGUGGGGAUGCCAUUCCAUUGGGAUAAAGACGAGGAGAUGCUGGAGCAAGAGGGGCUGGUCGUGUGCCCGUCGGUGUCGACAGUGACGUACUUGACGGGGUACGGUGCGCCGACAGUUGUGCUUGAGGCCCGUGCAACAGGCAGCGGGACUGUACAAGAGGGAGAUAUCAACCAAACAUUUGUGAGCUACCCGGCGCUCUUCAAACACCUCGCUUUCGACGGUGGCUUUUUGCACGGGGUGCCAGAGCAGCUCAUGCGAACUGGAGAUCAACGCGUCAGCGGCAAAGUAGGGAGGGACGGUGGGCGACGAGAGGCUCGGGGCGGCAACGACAACCAUGGCAUCCGCUCCCGGACAUCCCUUCCUUCUUCGAAUGGCACGCGUCGUCGACAAGGGCGGAUGCGUGUGACCUUCCUCGUGAACGUGUGGCUGUCUCACAAGCCAAAGGGAAUUACAUCGCUUCCAGCAGAUGUUGCAGGGUCUCUCAGCAACAUCAGCGUCCCGCUGUGCUUUGACAGGCCAGGUGAUUUUGUCCCCGUGCCAGUUGAGAAGGAGCAGGAAACCCAACCUAGCCAGGAAGAGGAUGGAGGGUCCAUCCGGGGGACGAAACCGUCGAGCAUGCUUUUGAACGUCCCGCUUGGGCCGACUCUUCUCCUUGAAGUUCGAGCCCCUACACCCGAGAGGCUGUCGACGGGUGGUUUCAAAGAGAACGACUCGUUCGCGUUGGUGUAUGCAGAAGGCAGCCAUUCUCGCAUCUCGACCGUGCAGGCGGGGGAAGUGGGCGGGGCUGCGCAUACCACGGGCUAACGGAGAGCAUGUGACCACUACCGACCUGAGCCUUGCGAUGUUGAAAGCGAAAAGUCUGCAGAACGGGUUGGAAGGAAACAUGGAGACAGGGUCGAAAGAUCACCACGAAAAAGAAAACACGAAAUGCAAGGCUACUAUGUUUAGGGUUGCGAGUGGUACUUGCCGGUGGUUGUGUGCACACACGCUCUGAACAGUGGGGUGACCGGCAGUGAUCAUGCACAAGGACAACGAUGCCGGAGUGUUCUCUGCUUCGACCAGACUCAUGCCCCUCUUGGAAGUUCACUCAUGGUUUGGGACACAUCAUUGGCGACAGCUGCCAUAGCGCACAAAUAAGUGCGCAACCAGUUCGUUGGGAGUGCUAGGUCUCGGAAUAGGAGGGAAUAAGCCUCGCAAGAUUUUGUGUGAUAAAAAGCGCGUCAA